UUGAAUUUGAAAUCGCAAAAGGUUAUUUUUGGGGAUUCUGAGGUUAUAUUUCGGAUUCUUCUGAUCUUAAAUUCUUAAUUUUGGUAGCAGAAUCAAAUGGGAAGCCAAAGCUUUAAGCUUCUCCCACUGGAAACGAAAUUCAUGGUUAAUGGGGUUUGUGAAAAGAGUAUGUACAGCACUCAUGUCAUUUGGGGAAGAAGACGAAGCCAAAUAAUGAAACUUCUAUUCAAAAAAUCAAGGUCCACAAAUGGGAAAGUGCAUGGAUGUCAAACAAUAAUGUUUUUCAACCUGGAUCCUUCAUUUAAUUUUGUUAUAUUGCUAGGUUCGAUGCCAAUUAUGUUAAACGCAUGGAAAUUAAAUUAUGGUGCAAGUGUCCCUCUUAUGUUGGACGGUUAUGAGAGUGUGGUACAAUAUUAUUCUCCUUCCUUAUCAGCCCUCCAGAUAUAUACUAACGCUGCCAGACCCUCCAUUCCUUUAAUCAGGAAUGCAGAUGCUAAUCCAAAUUUAGAUGAUUCAAUCAAUAACCAGUACUAUGGAGCACCAAAAAUAGAAGAUCAACUUGGUUUGCUGUACUGCCAAUACAAUGAGAUAUCAAGUCCUUAUUACAGACUCCCGUUUACAGAAAAGAUCAAUGAGUUAUCUCAAGGUUACCCAAGAUUGUUGAAAUUCAAAAGCACAGAUAUCUCUCUUUAUAGUUGGAUGGCCAUUGCUUGGUAUCCCAUCUAUCAGAUUCCAACAAUGAGAAAUGUAAGGGAAUUAUCUGCAUGUUUCCUCACUUAUCAUAAAUUAUCUCCAUCUUUUGAAGGUCUCCCAAAUUUCAUCACAGAGGAGGAUGAGAAACUGAAAUGCAUGAGUUCUUGGGAAGAAAAUCCUAGAGACAAGUCCAAAGGAAAUGGGAGAGGUGAGAUAUUGUUUGCUCCUUUUGCAAUGGCAACUUACAAGAUGUUUGGGAGACUUUGGAUAAAUCCUGAGAUGUCAGAUCAGGAGCGGGUAAUCAGUUAUCUGAGUGCUGCAUCGACCUGGUUGAAGCAACUUGGAUUCCAGCACCAUGACUUUAACUUCUUCAUGUCUCGUAGGUUCUAAUAUGCAAUGAAUCCCAUAUAUUUCAGCACUUUGUUUUAUACCAGUAACAUUUUCUAAAAACUUUCUUAAGUUGCCGUAGUUUGUACAAACCGCUAGACUAAAUAUAGAGGAUAAUGUAUAGCUGACAAGAAUCCCAUAAUAUUUCUGCCUUUUUUCGAAGUUGAAGGUAUGUAUAUAUUUUGCCAUCUCAAGUUACUGCUUUCAUGCUUGAACAUCAUCUAAUUAACCAUCAUUUCAUUGUACAGUUUCUGGUGAGGCUGUCUUGCGACUCCAGUUAAGAGAAAGAGAUAUACUAAUACAAAUAUUGUUCAAGAUGUAAGAUAGCAAACAGGCUUGUUCUGGUUGAAGCCAAAAAUGAUUACAACUAAGAAUGUGUAGACAACGUUAAUCAUCUAAUAUUCAUUCAUUCCAA